AUGGUGGCCAUACCCCCCCCGCAAUUGAUGGUGGCCUCGGCGGAGCAGCUGGCGGCCGCGCAGGUGCCCCUGGAGCAGAGGGACUUCUGCGCCCACCGGCUGCUGCUGCUGAUGCGGUGCCAGCGCGACGCGUUCCCGGCCACGCCGCGGUGCCCGCGCGAGCGCCCCGGCCAGCGCGACGCGUUCCCGGCCACGCCGCGGUGCCAGCGCGAGCGCCACGCGUGGGACCUGUGCCAGCACCACGACUACGUGAUGCGCAUGAAG